UCGAGAUUUUUAUAUAUAAUUCCAAUUGUGUCCGAAAAUUUUUGCAGAGAAUUACUUGGUUGCGGAAAUGGUGAAGUUAGCGUCGGCUCGAGAGUCGCGAGCGUACGGGCCGAGAAUGUCCCGGAGCCGGUCGGAAUAUAUGAACGCCGGCCUGUACGUCUUCGCGACGGUGCUGUUGAUGAGCGGCUUCGCGGCUCAGUUCUCGAGCGAGCCGAGAUCGGGGCUCGUCUUGCUGCUCAUCGGAUUUCUCUUCAUCGUCGUGGUGAACGUUCACGAUUUAAUCGCACAUCUCGCCGGAAUCGAUUACCGGCUGCCGUUGUUGGAAUACGAUAUGCAAUUGGCGCUGGUUGAGCUCGCCGUCCCCGUCGUUUACAGCGCCGGCGCCGUACUCUUCUUCCUCGCAACGCUGUUCCUUCUCAUCCAGGCAGAGAAAGGGUACAAGCACUUGAAGAUGGAGAAGGUGGCCUUGAGCAUGUACAUUGCCGCGCCGAUUCUAUGGCUGGUAGGAUCGAUCCACAACUCGUGUCAGAUCUACGAGAGGUCCGACAGCCAUGUCCAGAUCCUUCAGGAGACCGUCCUGAUUCCGUUCCUCAUGUCGAGCUUGCUAUUUCUCGUUGGCUCCAUUUUCAACAGCCGCGAGCAGAUGAGCCACAACCACCGCCGCCACCACCACCACCACCACGGCGUCGAGCUUUUGGGGGAGUCGUGGGUGUGGCUAGGGUUAAUCGGAAGCUUCGUUUUAUUCGUCGGAGGCCUGGCGAACGUGGUGAAAGUGUUCAAGAUGCAGCAGUGCAACGGGCUGAGAUUGGAGAAGCUCCGCGGCGGCGCGCACGAGCGGUUGGUGCAGAUAAGGGAGGGGCAGAGGCCCCUCAUCGCCGGAGAAGACGAUGAGCAGAGGAGAGUGAUGCUUACGGAGGAGCAGCGGCGGCGGAGGGCGGCGGAGAUGGCCAUGGAGGCCCCCACUCCAUAUAAGGAUGUCCUCGUUGGCCAAACAUGAAAUCAAAUUGAAUUUGAAAUUGGAACAUUUAGAAAACAAAUCCUUUGAGAUCAUAUAUAGCUUGUGUGUAAAUGGAUUUUCUUUUCACGCGUUUGGUCUUCUAUGAACAAUGUUUUAUAAGGAAAAAAUGAUAUGCUUCUUCAGUUCCAUUUGGA